CUUAGCUGAACACGCCAUUGUCUAAAGCGCUGCCACUUUCCUAGACAAUCCGCAUACCUAAGUACACCUGUUCAGUGUGAACCAGUGAAGUUUCUGUGUAUUAUUAACUAAAAUCACAAGCCGUACAGACACUGCUCCUACCCAGAAAAGAUCAACUAAGUAAAGAUUAUGGCCUCUACUAUCUGCUUGCUCCCCGAGAAGCACUUCUUGUGCUUUCUGUGUAGGGACAUCUUUACCAGCCCUGUAACCAUACCAUGUGGACACAGCUUUUGCCUGUCCUGCCUGUCCAAAUACUGGACACGACAUCAGUCGAAAUACUGCCCUCACUGCAGGAGAUUGUUCACAGACAAGCCUGACCUCAGUGUCAACCACAUACUCGCAGACGUAUCUGAAAACUACAGGAAGUCUCGACCACAGAAACCACCAGAUGAGGAAACGGUUAUAGAUGUUAACCAAAUGAUUCAGGAAAGGGUGCAAAAGAUAGAAAGACUGAAAUACUCUCUCGGGCUACAAAAGAACUCUUACCUCAGAGAGGUGCGAGAGAGUCAGAAGAUCUUCUCUGCCCUUGUAAAUGCUAUGGAGAAGAGCCAUAAAGCAGUUGUUGCUUCAAUUGAGGAGAGGCAGAAAGAAGAGGAGAGCAGGGUAGAAACACUGGUCAAAGAGAUCGAACAGGAGAUUGAGGAGCUGAGGAAGGAGACCACAGAACCGGACCCUCAGAUCUCUGGUGAUCAGAGUGACGACGUGAAGCGACCUGCCAAGCCCUGUGAGAUGAAGGACUGGUCCAAGGUUACCAUAGAAACUGAUCCUUGUAUUGGGGUCACCAGAAGAGCACUGUCAGACGUGUUGGAACAAAUAAAGUUAGAAGUCAACAGACUCUCCAAAGCUGAACUUAAGAGAAUCGAGAAAUACUCAGUGGAUGUUAACCUAAGUGCUAAAACAGCCCACCCUUUCCUUUGGGUCUCAGAUGACAGAAAACAGGUGAGGCACACGGAUAAGCUUCAGGAAGUACCGGAGAACCCGAAGAGGUUUGACAGAGUGGGAAAUGUUCUGGCCAAAGAAAGCUUUGCUGGCGGGAGGUGCUACUGGGAAGUGGAGGUUGGGGAGAAGAUAGAAUGGACCCUAGGUGUUGCCAGACAGUCCGUAAACAGGAAAGGCAAGUUCACAGUGUGCCCUGCAAAUGGUUUCUGGACCUUAAGCCUGAAAGCUGGAGGCCAGUACAUUGCAAACACCUCUCCUGUCACCCAGUUGGCUCUAGACCAACGACCCAAGAAGUUUGGAGUGUUUCUGGAUUACAACGAAGGUCGCGUGUCCUUCUACUGCGCAGACUCUGGAGUCCACAUUCAGACCUUCACGGAUAAGUUCACAGAUCGGCUCCAUCCAUUCUUCAGUCCUGGUCGCAUGCAUGGAGGCAGAAAUGGAGCUCCUCUAGUCAUCUGCUCAAGUUUUUGCAGCAUCUAAACCUCAUUCCAGUUU